CUGUUUUAGGUUCAAGACAAAAUCCUGGCAGCAAAGGAGAACACAGCACGGGCUCCUUUUUCUCUUACUGAGUGGGUGUCUCCGAGGAUGUGGGCUCAGCUGACUUGAGUAAAACUAAAGCGCCACCCGCCCCCUGCGUGUGCGUGUCCUAUUAGGCCGGGCCCCCCUGCAGAAGGAGCCAGAGACAUUCUCUCUGGCCUGUGUGUCCACCGGGUGGUCAGGCAUUCACCACUAAGUCAACCCUGCCCUCCUCACCCACGCAUUCCUUCCUGUGACAUCAGGAAACGCCAGCCACGCUUCCGCGGCUCCGGAAGAACAUCUGUGUCGAGAAGCAUUUGCUCGGAGGGCUUGGGCCCAACCCAGGGGGAUUUGUUUUUCCUGAGACCCCUACCGAAACGGUCCCCCCAAAAGACUACAGCGAUUCACCCUCUGGAGAGGACGAGUCCCACAGAUCACCCAACGGGGCAGGGAGAACGCACUUUCUCAAUGACCCCCAUGCGUGGCGGACGUUGGCUUUGUGGCCCCAGCAACAUGUCCCAUGAUGCAGCUUCCAAGGAGAGUUCUUCAAAGGGAGGAGGCUAUGCCAAGACAGCAUGACGUCUGAAGUCGCCAGCGCAUCCUGAGAAAAUCACGGCUCUGUCAUUUAGCUGUAAGGCCCCGGUUUAGAGCCUUUGCCCUUCUGUGUCUGAGUGUCCCCAUCUGUAAGAUGAGGGGGCUGGGCUGCGUAACCUCCAGGGGGCUCUUCCAAUCCCGCUGUGCUGAGCAAGCUUAGUAAAUGCUCCUGAGAGACAGAAGACCCCGUGAAACCAGAGCCCUCUGCUUGCUCUCUGCUCUGGGCUGUGCUAUUUUAAAACAUCGAUGCUUGCCUUCUUCAUAGCCCGGAACCUUCCCCGUUGCCCUGGCUCUAUCAGUCUGCAGAACAGGAUCCAGCUUGCCUCCACCACCGCAUUGGUGCUUCUCCACCUGGCCGCCCACUGGAAUUGUCCUGAGAUCUUUGAAAAACAUUGGUGCUGGCAUCUCACCGCCAGAAAGGGUGAUUUAAUUCAUCUGAGGUGGGGCGUGGGCAUUAGUAUUAAUUUUUAUAAGUCCCCCCGGGUAUGUUCUUAGCUUUCAGGGACUUCCCCGCCACCGAGGAGGCCCAGCCUUUGAACCGGCUUGAGCCACAUCCCGCAAGCAAGAUGGCGUCAGAGAGCCCGGCCCCUUCCCCCAGCCCAUGAGGGGCGAGGCCCCUUGAGGCCCGAAGAUGGGGAACGUCACUGAGAACUCGUCGCUGAGCUGUCCCAUCGACCACACCAUCCACCAGACUCUGGCCCCGGUGGUCUACGUGGCGGUGCUGGUGGUGGGCUUCCCGGCCAACUGCCUGUCCCUCUACUUCGGCUACCUGCAGAUCAAGGCCCGGAACGAGCUGGGCGUGUACCUGUGCAACCUGACGGUGGCCGACCUCUUCUACAUCUGCUCGCUCCCCUUCUGGCUGCAGUACGUGCUGCAGCACGACAACUGGUCGCACGGGGACCUGUCCUGCCAGCUGUGCGGCAUCCUCCUCUACGAGAACAUCUACAUCAGCGUGGGCUUCCUGUGCUGCAUCUCCAUCGACCGCUACCUGGCCGUGGCCCACCCCUUCCGCUUCCACCAGUUCCGCACCCUGAAGGCGGCCGUGGGCGUCAGCGCGCUCAUCUGGGCCAAGGAGCUGCUGACCAGCGUCUACUUCCUCAGGCACCAGGAGGUGGUGGAGGACGACAAGCGGCACCGCGUCUGCUUCGAGCACUACCCGCUGGAGCCGUGGCAGCGCGGCAUCAACUACUACCGCUUCCUGGUGGGCUUCCUCUUCCCGCUGUGCCUGCUGCUGGCCUCCUACCAGGGCAUCCUGCGGGCCGUGCGCCGCAGCCACGGCACCCAGAAGAGCCGCAAGGACCAGAUCCAGCGGCUCGUGUUCAGCACGGUGGUCAUCUUCCUGGCCUGCUUCCUGCCCUACCACACCCUGCUGCUGGUGCGCAGCCUCUGGGAGGCCAGCUGCCAGUUCGCCAGGGCCGUCUUCAACGCCUACCACUUCGCCCUGCUCCUCACCAGCUUCAACUGCGUGGCCGACCCCGUGCUGUACUGCUUCGUCAGCGAGUCCACCCACAGGGACCUGGGCCGCCUGCGCGGGGCCUGCCUGGCCUUCCUCACCUGCGCCAGGACCGGCCGGGCCAGGGAGGCCUACCCGUCGGGCACCGCCGACGCCUCGGGGAAGAGCGAUGAGCCCGAGUUGCUGACCAGGCUCCACUCGACCUUCCAGACCCCGAACUCGCCUGGAGCGGGCGGGACCCCCGCGGGCGGCUUGGCCUAGCCAGGGUCCCGCCGUGUGGGGGCAAGUGAGGCCUGAGCUUGCCCGCGGCCUGCCGCCCGCGUGGCCAAGGGCAGGUGGGAGCGAUGGGGGCCUGGGCCGCCGUGAGACCUCUCUGGUCCCGGGGUGGCGGGGGGGUGCCUCUCUGGUCCCGGGGGGCCUGCUCCAGCUUGCUGAGCCCAGUGGGGAUAAGCCCCCAUCAGCUGAUGGGAGUCGUCUGCGGCCGGCUUCUGGGGAGAGGAAGACAGUGAAUUGUCACCUCCAGGAAGUUCUCAAAGACAGGCUGGAGGCGGGGAGGGUGCAGAGCGUGAGGGGUGGGGAUUGGGAGAUGAGGGUGGGGAUCUGGGUUCACGCCUGCCAGGACCUUCCAGUGCCGUUGUCACCGAUGACACCUGUCCAAAUGCACGGGUGUUUCCUGAGGACAUGACACACGAAGCUGUAUUGUCAUCAUUAACACUUGAGCCCCACCCCACAAAGGGGUCGGAAGGGAGAUGACCUCCCUGGAGGCCGGAGGGGAGAAGGGAGGUGGGGAGGCGGUCGGGCACUGGGAGCAUGUGGUGGGGGGACAGUGAAGGGCAUGUCUCACUUUCACAGGAAAGGUGAGUGGAUUCUACAAGCCCCAGGGCUGAUGGAAGACAAAUCCCGGGGCUCCCUGGGGCCAUGUCUGUGGCCCUUUUAAACAGCCAGUCCUGAAGCGCAGGGCCAGGACAGAGGCCUAAAGCCAGUGUGUCUAACGGAGUUCCCAACACACAGAGUUCUAAUUAUUUUUCUGUUUCCAUUUGCCCAGAAGCACCAGAGGCAGAUGCCAGGAACCCUAUGUGUGUGUGUGUGUGUGUGUGUGCACGCGUGCGUGCAAGCAUGCAUGUGUUCACCGUUAAAAUGCCAGGGUCUCCAUGACAGCUCUGUGCCAAGACACUGAGGCUAAGGUUAUAUGACUACCGGCAGAGUUGUCUCACCCCCCCCCGCCAGUCCCCACCUCAGCCCUCUGCCACACGCCCUGUGGAGUGUCUUAGCAGUCUCAGAGAGGACCCUGACAUUCUUUCCGAGUUCUCAGAUACAACAAAACAAAACGGAGACUCAUUCUCUGGCAUCUCUCAGCCCAAAGGCCUGGGGUUAAGCUCCAUAAUGGUUUAAAUAGCCCCUGGGACAAGAAGAGGAGGUGGCCCCGGGCUCGCCCUGCCUCUUUUGUUCUCCAGCACUGCUCGUCUGCCAGACGUCUCACCUCACCACCUGGAGAGUGAUAGUGGGUCUGUAGGGCCAUAUGUAGACCAGGGUACUGCCCGCCAUCUUCUGUUCUGUCCUGGGAAGCUCAGUACCAGUCUCAUCUCUCCUGCAAUUUUGUGCCCGACCAUGUUGAGCCUCCACCCUGCUGAACAUACCAAGGACCAGAAGAACUUCUUGCUGCUCCAAGGAUCUGCCCACCUUUACAGAAAUGCUAGUCCUUCAGAUUUCCUGGUCAGUGGGCUGGGGCCAACUCUGACUUCCUUUGGAGUUCUGGGAUUCAAGCUCCUCACUGCCAAGGGGCUAGGUGGACUCAAGCCUGGGGAGGGACCAGGGGCAGGGAGACACAAGCUGGCAUCCAUAGAACAUUUAUGGAAUCUGCUAAAAGGAGAGCCAAGGAGAACAUCCUCUAGAUCUCUCUGACUCUCCUCCCAUCCCUUUCCAAGAGGUGGAUUUACCCUGAGUCGCUUACUCUCUAAUCAGGGGUGCCCAGAGGCAGAUACCCCAGGUUGGAUGUGUCCCAGGGAAGUGGCUUUGGCUUUGGAUAGCUCUACUCUAGCUCCUUAUGGAAGGCCUCCCAUAACCUGGGGAGCUUCUCUUCCCCUUCUUGGAGGAGGCAGUGACCAGAUCUGAAAGUGGCAGAAAGGCCACACUGCCAAGAAAAGUCCACCCGACCCCAGCCCAGAAUCUUACUGGGGCAAUGGAACUGGUUGAGACCUCCAUGCCUCCUCAUGCCAAAUUUCCCCCUAUUUUGACCUUAAACAUGGGUGUUCCCACUAGGAGGAUGGACGGGGAUGAGCUGAGGGUGGUUCCUUUUACUAUCAAGAGUUGUAUUUUUGUACGGUCCUCCCUUUUAUGCCAAGUAUGUGUGUGCCGAACUGUGCAAUGGAUUUACAUAGCAAACUUGAGUCUGCAAAUAAAGCAAAGUAAAAAGCCACA